GGCCCAAGCUCUCCUUCCUCUACACCCUCAAUCGGCCCCUCUCUCUAACCUCACAAGCCAUUCUUCUCUCACAAAUCCAUCGGCCAUUCCUCCAGAAUCCGGUCUUGUUCCGGUCGUUCCAGCCGCCGCACUCACUCCGGCGUCCCUCUCUCCUCACUCAGCCGUUCCAUCACUCUCUCCCUCACUCUGUCAAUCUCACGCCCCUCGUCCUCCUCUGCCUCGAGACUUCCGCCACCGCCGUCGCCACUGGACCGACGUGGUUCGUGUGUUGCCGUUUUGGGGAAGCCGCUGCUAUCGUUUCGAUCCACCACCGGCGCUGUGCAGUCGGCGAGUAGCGCUGUCGUUGACGACUAGGGGCGUCGCUGCCGGCGUCUGCUUGAUUCGUCGCACCGUUGCCGUUGUUCUUGAGGUCCAGCGGCCAGCAGUGCAGCCCAACGUUCUUCUAUUCUAAAGUGAAUAAAGGAGGAAUGGAGGGAAUUUAGCCAAGACUUACCUAUCGAAGCUUGGCAGUAGGAGUCAUACAUGAUAAAAUAGUACAAGAGGCCCACCCAAACCCUGCGGUCCAGUUUGAUAUUUAACCCAGUCCGACAUUCCAAAACAACCCUCAAAUCAAAUCCCAAAUUCCAGCCGAUACAAUGAUUCAGGCGGCGGCGAUGCGGCGGACCUCCUUCUUUUCCAUGAGUUAUCACCUGCAACAGUGCAGGGGCAUCCGAGUCAAGGUUUACAACAGCAAUUUAGAUCAGGCUUUGACCUUAAUGCAGCGGAAGAUGCAGUCCAGCGGCAUCGAGCGAAUGAUAAAGCAGGAACAGCUUGCCCACGUCAAAAAUUCCGAGAAGCGCGUUUUGGCCAAAAAGAAUUUGGAGCGCAGGCUUCGCGCACAGGAUCUUGCCCGCAAGCUCAAGAUGAUUCUCGUUCAGAAAGUCAGGUAAAGUUUGUUUGAAGUUUGCU